AUGGAGGUGGUAAUAUUGAAAGCGAGAGCCCAACUGAAUCGUCUGGUGUCGGUGCGGCGCGCGAACGAACGGGGGGCGCGCGCGAACGGCGGUGCGUCGUCGCGCGCGCCGGCCCGCGACCGCGAAAUGGCGACCGCGUCACCAAAAGCCACAUGGCUUAACGCCACCCUUGCGUUUAACCUCUCGCGCAUUAACACCACAUUUGACACCGAUUACGAUCUGCUCAAUGGCAACACUACUGAUGAACACGAUAAUCAUUGGUUCUGCGCGAAGUGGACCAGUGCCCAACAGGAUCUCUUCCAGGCAGCCAACCUAUGCUUCGCUAUAGCAUUUCUGGCACCGAAGAGUUUUAAACAGAGUAUAUUGGUGCUACGAGCGCUGGCCGCUACGGGAGCGGUGCUCAUGGGCAUGUGGGCUGGCGCAGAAGUUUGUGCUCCUGAUGUUCUAGCCUGGAGUCUGGCCUUGGUCGUCGUCAACUCUAUACAUACUGUUUUCUUAAUUAUAAGGUUUUUGCCUCCAGCCCUUUCGCUAGAACUGACCGAUUUGUACCUGAAACUAUUUAAGCCGUUAAAAGUAAGCAAGAAACAUUUCCAAGAGCUAACGAGAGAGGCGAGGGUCGUGAAGCUGGAACCAGGCGAAGCGUACGCUGUCGAGGAGGUCACACCGGCGGACGAGCGAUUAUCAAUAUUACUGAAGGGAAAAAUGAAAGUGAGUUGUGAUGAGACCCAUUUACACUACAUUCAGCCUUAUCAGUUCGUAGAUUCACCUGAAUGGGAAGCGAACCGCGAACAAUCGGAUGACGUUUUCCAGGUAACGGUGGUAGCAGAGGAAGUGUGCACUUGUCUUUGUUGGCCUCGCAUGCGUCUGGAGCGUGUUCUGCGGCAUAGACCCUUUCUGAAGGUUGUGCUUGACUGCCUUAUUGGAAAAGACAUAACACACAAGUUAUACUCAGUGAGUGAAGGGCUUGGUCUAGGUACAUCAGGUGACAAUGAUGGACCUGCUUCACACCUCACGAGGUCUGCCAGUGUCGAUGCCGUUCACGAAGGCGCUAGAGGGCGACUCAGGAGUCUUGCCUGGAGGUCACAUACGCCUCCUGCAAAAGGCAAUUCAUACUGGCAACCGGUAGUUGCCCGACAAUUCUUGCGGCAGUCGCCAUUCAAUCGGAGCGUGGCACCACCUCCGCGGUUGCUGACGCAGAAUUCGUCAGCAAGUCUCCAGCCGGUCGCCCAACCUCGCCGGCGGAGCCCGCCUCGGCGCACCGCGUCCUUCCGGCGGAGUCGCGAGGUAAAAUUCGCGGAGGUCCCCGGGGCCGAGCCCCUGGUGUGA